AGGUCAGGGCAAUCUGCCUGAACUUCAUUCACAUGAAAGUUGCCUGAUGAUCCACAUGUCUUUCCAUGUCCGCCUAGCAUUGGCGUCCGCCCUCGCCUUUGCUCUCGGCGUCUCAGCUGUGGGCGAGAGGGAAAGGGCAGAGGAGGCGGAUCUGAGCGAGGAGGAAGAGGGCAAGGAGAAGCCAAAGCUGUUGCAAGUGGUGGAAGCAGAGCGCGUGGGGCCCAAGCACGGCAUCGAGCUCCGGGUGCUCCAGCGCCACGGGCGCGCGCCGUUGCCCCCGGACGCCGGGCACAUGCCCACCACCAAUGACGAGAUGAGCGCUGAAUUCGACGAGGUGAUCGUCGAGUGGCGCACCAACCUCUUCGUCAGCAGCAUCUUGCUACGACUGCCGGAGCGCCAGCAACAGCUGCCCUCGGAGACCUCCUUCGACGGCUACAAGUUCUUCACGGGACCCAACAGCGAGUGCAAGUUCCAGCUGGGCGAUAAGCACGUGCUGCCAGACAACGAUGAGAUCAGGGCCAGGGACGUGGCAGGUGGGGGCGACAUCUCCAGCUGCGUGGCGGACAACAGCGACCCCUCGGAAGAGCCCGCGCCGAAACGAGGGGCCGCGCUGCUGAAGUUGCACCCGCACCCGUUCGGCCACAACGAGUCUGGGUGGAGAUACUUCUCCAUGAUGAUCCGAAACCCCCAGAAGGCCCCGAUCCGAAAUGAUGUGUACGGGACACUUGCCAACACCUUCCAGCUGGUGAUGAACACCACGAGCGGCGAGACGGUGGCAGCGAUGUCCUUCCAGGCCCUGGACAUCGAGGGCAUUUGGGUCUGCAGCUACACGGAGUGGGUGCCCACCACUCCGUGCAGUGCUGAGUGCGGCGGCGGCUUCCGCACCAAGGUGCGGCGGCGCUUGCACGCACCCCCGCCCAACCACAACCCCAAGCUCCUGAAGAACUGCGAUGAGCCGGAGGAGCUGAACCAGAACUGCAACACCAAGGAGUGCGACAUCGACUGCCAGCUCAGCGACUGGACGGCCUGGGCCAGCGGCGAGUGCUCGCGGAGCUGCGGGAACGGCACCAUGGUGGAGCGCCGGAAUGUGAUCAUGGGCCCCAAGGGCUACGGCAAGAUUUGUCCUCCCUGGCAUGAGGACAAAGUGCGCGUCAGGACCAAGCCCUGCAACACCUUCCCCUGCGAGGCCAGCUGCAAGGAGAGCCCUCUGGCGGAGAAGUACCGGGACCUGGCGAAGGAGGGCAUGAUCAAGCUUCACGAGGACAAGCCGAAGAGCAAGCCGAAAGACGAGCUGGUGGACUUGAAUGGCACCAACGAAACCAUCGAGGAGGAGGAGGAAGAAAUGAACACCACUGGCUUGGAGAAGGUGAAUAACACAAACGCCAACGCGGCCACCAACGAGGAGGACAGCAACAGGCCGGGAGCGAUGAGGAACAUCGCGAGCAUCGGCAACGCCUCGGAGCAGUCCGAGGAAUCUCUGCUCAGCACCGGCUCGAGCUUCAAGACCGAGUUCUUGGCCAUGGAAACGCCCCGCGCAGAGGUGGGCCUGGCCAAGUCCAGCUGCUCGGAGCCCUGCGGCGGCGGAAAGCGGGUGGUGCUCAUCCCCUCCGAGCAGAAGGUGGCCUCAGAUGGGGAGGAGAAGAACUGCCCCUUAGCCUUCGAGGAGGAUUGCAACAUGUUCCCCUGCCAGCCCUUGAUGCUGCAGCCAGCGACGCCUUGGCAGUACCCGGUGGUGGGCAAGUGGUUUCUGGUGGACAUCGAGUUCGUCAUCGAGGAGCUGGCCGAGAGUCUCACGAUCCGUGCCCCGCCGGACUUCCUGUUGGCGGCCACCGGGGAGAGCAGCGAGUGCUUCCUGGUGGAGCACUCCAUGCCCAACCUCGAGAACUGCACGGUGUACCCGGGGCAGACGGGCCUGAAGACAGGGCCCAUCAUGGUGCUCAACUUCUCCAACCCUCUGGAGCCCCAGAACUCCUAUACUUGGAAGCGGGAUUGGUACUAUGUCCGAGUUUGGGUGCAGCACCCGCCCACCUGCACGGGCGGCAACACUAGCGAGGGUCGAUGUCUGGGCUACACCGGGGAGAGAGAUUGGACGCUGUCCAUCCGCGAGGGCCAGCCGAACCCGCUCUGGGAGAUUGUGAUGGGCUCCUACGAGAUCUACGUGGACGAGGCCUCGGCGCGGAAGAUCUUCGACGCCCACGGGGAGAAGAACAAGUCCUUCACGGAGGAAGCCGAGGAGGUGGAUCCGCCACCGACGCCAAUAGCCGAAGCGAAGGGAGCGGGCUCAAAGAAGCGGAAGCCUGAGGGUCUGCUGGAGCAAGGCCACCAGAAGAUGCGCAUCAGAUCCUUGGCAAGCGGCAAGAUGCAGCGGGUGAAGAACCACAAGCACAAGGAUGCCAAAGCUGGAGGACAUCGCCAUGGUAAGCAUCGCUACAACAAGGGCAAGUUGAUGGAGAGGAGAUGAGACCGUCCGAUCUGACACUUAGACUACCCCCGAACCUCCAGUGCCCUUGUUGUUUUUUUGUUGGGCUUUCC